ACAAAUGAGAACUCAUUUAAGAAGCUGCCUCAAAAGCGUCAAAGAAAAGUGACAUCAAAAAUUUUGAAAGAUAUUACAAAUAUUCAGUUUUCUUUGGAUUCUGAAAGUCAACAAUCACCAUCUCCUCCACUUUUUCCAGAUACCGACUUUGGAGGUUUCUUUUCACAUUUUUAUUAAGUCGUUUUUUUAUCAGACCUUUAAAAUAAUAAAUUCAUAUAAUUUUAAAUUGUUUUGCAGGAAUUGUUGAUGAAACUGGUGACCUUGAAUUUGAUUGUAGCUCUCUAGAUACUACUGAUUCAGAAUCUGAAACUGAUGACGUAAAUUGUCCAUUUUCAAAACAUGGUUUACGUGAUAAACCUACGUCUACAGCAGCUACAGCAGAGCUAAACAAAGAUGGUAUUGUCUUUUACAAAUUAUUUAUAACUAUAUUUUAUAAUAUUAUGAUUUUUUUUACAAAUAUGUGUCUAAUGUUUCAUUUCUUUUUGUAAAUACAGAGUAUACUGAUGAGGGUGAUCCAAUUUACACAUGUUCACACUGUGGUGCUAUGAUGUGGUAUGGAGAACGUUUGAACAAACGACGGAAUGCUAAGAAUCCUACAUUUUCCUUAUGUUGUAUGCAAGGACAAGUGCAGUUGCCUUUACUAAAAGAACCACCAAGUGUUCUAAAACAGUUGAUUGAAGGUGAUGAUUCAGAAAGCAAGCAUUUCCAGAAGAAUAUGAGACCUUAUAACAUGAUCUUUUCAUUUACUUCACUUGGUGGGAAAGUAGAGAGAUCUGUUAAAAAGGGAAAAGGACCACCGAUGUUAGUUCUACAAGGUGAAAAUUAUCAUCUUAUGGGCAGUUUAGCUCCCAAUAGUGACAACCGAGCGAAGUUCGGACAGCUUUACAUAGCUGACACAGAAAAUGAAGUUGAGAACAGAGCUAAAUGUUUGAGCUCUGGUAGACAGGGGUUACAGACCAAUAAGAAGGAUAAUCUGAGGAAAGAUAUUAUUGAGAAGCUGAUGAAGAUGUUGGAUGAAGUGAAUCCAUAUGUUAAGCAGUUUAGAACAGCCAGAGAUCGAUUUAAAAUACAACCAGAAGAUUCGUUUCAUAUGAGGAUUGUAAGUAAUCGAUCUAAGGAUGGGAGGACAUAUGAUACCCCUACAGCUUCUGAAGUUGCUGCUCUCAUUCCAGGAGAUUUUUCUUUAGAUAUGGACCCGAGGGAUAUUGUUCUACAACGGAAAUCAGGUCAUCUACAGCGAAUAAAUGAGAUACAUGCUUCUUAUCUUGCCCUUCAGUAUCCUCUCUUAUUUACUUAUGGAGAAGAUGGAUUCAGACUUGGUAUCAAGAAAGGUGUAACAAAAGCUACAAAGAAACAGAAGAAGCCUAAUAUCAGUAUGCGUCAGUACUUUGCUUUUCGCCUUCAUGAACGUAAGAAUGAGUCUCAUUAUCUGUUGCAUUCGAGGAGACUAUUUCAGCAGUUCUUGGUGGAUGCGUACACUACUAUAGAGUCUAAUCGCCUACGCUAUCUGAGGUUUAAUCAGCCUACUUUGCGAUCCGAUAGUUAUGAUUCUAUCAAAGAGUCUGAGAAUGCAGGAAAGGUCGAUAUGAGUGAUCAAGGAUCAGAGUUCGUGUUGCCAGCAUCGUUCACAGGGAGUCCUAGAUAUAUGAAGAAUCUUUACUUGGAUGCUAUGACUGUAUGCAAGCAUUUUGGAUUUCCAGAUCUUUUCAUCACUUUCACUUGUAAUCCGAAAUGGCCAGAGAUCACAAGAUAUGUUAAGUCUCGGAAGCUAAAAGCUGAAGAUAGAUCAGACAUUGUUUGUAGAGUCUUCAAGAUGAAACUUGAUUCACUCAUGGAUGGUUUAACCAAAAAACACCUGCUUGGAAAGACUGUUGCAUCGAUGUACACGGUCGAGUUCCAAAAACGUGGUCUACCACACGCACACAUUCUCUUAUGGAUGAAUCCCGAGCACAAGUUUCCUACAACCGAUGACAUCGACAACAUCAUUUCUGCAGAGAUUCCUGAUAAAUUGAAAGAACCCGAGCUUUAUGAAGUUGUUAAGGAUAUGAUGAUUCACGGUCCUUGUGGUCCUGCCAAUAUGAAUUCUCCAUGUAUGGAGAAUGGGUUGUGCACUAAGUCAUUUCCUAAGCAAUUUGCUAAGCAGACCACUAUUAAUAAAGAAGGAUUUCCGGUUUAUAGGAGGCGAGAACAGUCAGAUAACUUUGUUCUGAAGAAUGGAGUAAAAUGUGACAAUCGGUUUGUUAUUCCAUAUAACAAGAGAUUAUCUCUACGUUUCCGAGCUCACAUUAAUGUGGAGUGGUGCAACCAAGCUGGAUCUAUCAAGUACUUAUUCAAGUACAUUAAUAAGGGACAAGAUCGUGUCACUAUUGCUGUGGAACCGCCAGAUCACAUUGUUGCUAAUGAGUUGGGCAAUGAAGAGAUUACUGUGGAAAAGAUGGAAAAGAAAAGAAAUGAACUGAAGGACUUUUUCGAUUGCAGGUAUGUAAUCAGCUACAGUGCUUUUUUUCUGUUUUGCAGAUAUGUGUCAUCUUGUGAAGGGGCUUGGCGAAUCUUCAAAUUUCCUAUUCACUAUCGAUCAACUGCUGUAGAGAAGCUUAUUUUCCAUCUGCCAGGAAAACAAGUGAUCACUUUUAAAGGAAAGGACAAGCUGAAAGCAGUGGUUAGUCGUAAGUUGAUUGAAAAGACUAUGUUCUUGGCAUGGUUCGAGUUGAAUAAGAUCGAUGAGUUUGCAAGAACACUGCUUUAUUCUCAGAUUCCUAUCUUCUAUAUCUUUGACAAAAAGACUAAGAAGUGGAAGAAGCGGAAAAGAGGUUUCUGUUUAGGAAGAAUAAAUUAUGCUCCGCGGAAACAAGAAGCCGCUUAUUUCUUGCGCAUUUUGCUGAACAUUGUGAGGGGUCCUACCAGUUAUGAUGACUUUAAGACCUUUAACGGAGUUCUCUAUCCUGAAUACAAAGAUGCAUGUUUUGCUCGUGGAUUAUUAGAUGAUGAUCAGGAGUACAUUGAUGAUCUUGUGAGGAGAAGCUACGAAUGCUCUGCAAGUGAUCUACGAGAGUUGUUUGUUAUUAUGCUUAUGAGUAACACUUUGUCUCUGCCAGAGGUCGUAUGGGAAAGCACUUGGCAGUUUUUGUCAGAAGAUAUAGAGCAUAACAGAAGAAAAUAUUUGAAUAGGCCAGGUAUGAAAAUCAUUUGCGAUUCAUCUUUAUAUUACUUCCUACAAUUUCAAUACAUUAGAUUUUUGUCUAAUAUUCUAUCUUAUAUGUACAAUUUUAUUUGUAUAGGAUUAUGCUUGACCAACGAUGAGAAAAAGAAGUAUGCUUUACUAGAGAUUGAGAAGAUCUUGAGACGUAAUGGUACUUCUCUACCAAGAUUAACUACAAAGCCAAAACUGCCAAAGACAAGUGCUCAGGAUUUUAAUGUCUUGAUAGUGGAUGAGCGAAGUUAUUCUCGAGAAACAUUGCAAGAGACUCUUGACAGAGAUAUUCCGAAAAUGACAGAUGAGCAAAAGGAAAUUUAUGAUCAGAUCCUUGCUGCUGUGGACGAAAGGAACGGUGGAAUGUUUUUUCUUUAUGGAUUUGGUGGAACUGGGAAAACUUUUCUUUGGAAGUUACUUUCUGCGGCUAUUAGAUGUCGAGGAGAUAUUGUGAUAAACUGCGCAUCAAGUGGCAUUGCUUCUUUAUUACUACCUGGUGGUAGGACUGCUCAUUCAAGAUUUGGUAUUCCAUUAAAUCCAGACGAGUUUUCAUCGUGUACUAUAGAGCCUGGAAGUGAUCAAGCUAAUUUGAUCAGAGAAUCAUCACUCAUUAUAUGGGACGAAGCGCCGAUGAUGGGGAAACAUUGUUUUGAAGCGUUGGAUAGGACCUUUUCUGAUAUAGUUGGGAAGCAUGCGAGACAGCCUUUUGGUGGAAAGGUAAUUGUCUUUGGGGGUGACUUUAGGCAGGUUCUUCCUGUUAUAAAUAGAGCUGGUAGGGCUGAGAUCGUCUUAGCUUCUCUGAAUAAGUCAUAUCUUUGGGAGCACUGCAAAGUUUUGAAGCUCACCAAGAACAUGCGUUUGUUAUCAGAUGGUUUGUCACCAGAAGAUGCUGCGGAUCUUAGGAAUUUUUCGGAUUGGAUAUUAAAAAUUGGGGAUGGUAAACUUUCAGAGCCUAAUGAUGGUGAAGCGGAGAUAGAUAUUCCAUCAGAAUUUCUUAUUUCAGACUCCAAAGAUCCGAUAGAAGCAAUCAGCACAGCCGUUUAUGGCGAUACUGCUUCUCUACAUGAAAAGAAAGAGGCAAAGUUUUUUCAAGAGAGAGCUAUCUUAUGUCCGACUAAUGAAGAUGUCAAUAUUAUUAAUGACUACAUGCUGGAUCGGCUGGAUGGUGAGGAGAAGAUUUACUACAGUGCUGAUAGUAUAGACCCAAGAGAUAAGGGUUCAGUCAACAAUGAAGCAUUAGGAGCUGAUUUUCUUAACACUAUUAAGGUCUCUGGUUUACCGAAUCAUAGUCUUAGACUGAAGAUUGGUUGUCCAGUCAUGGUUCUGCGAAACAUUCAGCCACAUAAUGGGUUAAUGAACGGCACGAGACUACAGAUAACUCAACUCAUGGACUUUAUGAUUCAAGCUAGGAUCAUAACUGGAGAAAAGGUUGGAAAAUUAGUCUACAUUCCUAGAUUGUUGAUCGAACCAUCAGAUACUCGACUUCCUUUUAAGAUGCGCAGAAGGCAGUUGCCGCUGGCAGUGGCUUUUGCUAUUACAAUAAACAAAAGCCAAGGACAAUCCCUAUCAGAGGUUGGUAUUUAUUUACCAAGACCUGUGUUUUCACACGGACAACUCUAUGUGGCUGUGUCUAGGGUCACUUCUAAAAAAGGACUUAAAAUUCUGGCUCUCGACAAAGAUGGUAAACCUCAAAAGAAAACUACAAAUGUUGUCUUCAAAGAGGUUUUCGAUAACCUGGACAAAUAUCAGUGA